AUUGGGUUGAGUAUAGUCAAAGUUAUUUUGUGUAUAAUUUUUGAUCUCUUGAGCUAUAAGUAUUGCAUAUUAUAUUAUAUUAUUAUAUUUCAUUACCUUUUAUGUAGCUAUACUGAAAAUUUUAAUAAAUAUGUCGAAAAGGACCAAUAAAAUAUUAGGACUAGUAAAAGAUUCUAAUGGAUGUAACAUUAAUUGUAAGGUUUCUAAGCCACAUGUGCGGAGAAAUUUAAUCAGAGAACUAAACUCAACAAAACACACUUCAUUUUACAAUUGUAAAAAAAAUGUAUUGGAAUGGAUAAAUAAUAAUGAAAAUGCAAAAUAUGUAAAUGAUGAGGUUAAUUUUGUAAAUCUGAAAACUUUUAAUCGGCCUGAAAAUUUAUCACUAGUCCAAGAUGAUGCUAAUAAAGUUGUUGAUAAUGAUAAUAAUAGUGUUAAUGAAGACAUACCUAUGCAGGGCGAUGAUAUAGGGUACUGUGAUGUUAUGAAUAUAGAUCACUUUGAAUACAUAUUUUUGAAUGAAUCUAAACAAGCCACAAUCAAUACACAAAAUAUAGUAACUUCAAAUACAAUUUUUGAAACUAAGGCUAUAGAACAAGUUGAAAAUUUUCAAAAUGAAUGUGUAGGAACUGUUGAAACUGUUGAAGUUUUUAAACAUUUGCAAAAUGAUAAUGAACAGGAAAAAGCAAAUGACAUAAAUUAUGUGCCUGGUACUUGUAUGUCUAUUCACCAAGAAGAUGGUUAUACACAAAAUAAAAAAAAAAAGAGAGAAAGUAAGAAAGAUGAUACAAGAGAACGUAGAAAUGACAUAAAAUUAAAAAGAAAUUCUGGUGAUGAAUAUAAGACAAAGAUGGGGAAAAUGGUGAAUAAGCGCGUUUGUAUACCUUUAGUUAAAUGUAGAGCAAAUUGCCAAGAAAAAAUUGAUUGCGAGUUACAACAAAAAAUAUUUACAAAUUAUUGGUCUUUUAAAAGCUAUGAUAGGCGAAUUACAUUUAUUUCUAGUUUAAUAACAAGUAGCGAUAAAAUUACCCAAAGAAAGAGAAGAAACACCCCAGAAAAACAAAAAAAUCGAGUUAAAACAUAUCAUUAUUCUAUUCCCAAAGAUGGUAUAAAUGUUUUAGUUUGUAGAGGGUGCUUCUUAAAAAUAUUCGGGGAAACAGACAAAUUUAUUAGAAAUAUCUGUCUUAAAAAGAUAAAUUCUCCUGUCAAUACCUGUUCACCAGAUAAAAGAGGAAAGGCUGUACCGCGAAAUAAAUAUUCACCUGAAGUUAUAAAAAGUAUAACUGAUCACAUUGAUAAACUUCCAGCAUAUGAAAGUCAUUAUUGUCGUCGUGAAACAAGUAAAAAAUAUUUGCCUUCACAUUUUACUUUACAACAUAUUUAUGAGGAAUACUCUAAAACUGUAGAAAAACCUGUAAGCCGUACAAUAUACCAUAAAUAUUUUCAAUUAUCAGGUCUUAAAAUUAAAAGUCCCAAAAAAGAUACAUGCUCUACCUGUGAUAAAUUAAAAAUUCAACUUACUAAUGCAAAUUGUUCUAAUGAACAAAAUAUAAUUUUGAAAAAUCAACAAAUUCAACAUCAUAACGAUGCCGAGGAGGCGUAUAAUAUAAAAAAACAAGACAUUGCUACAUCUUCUGAUAAUCAUUGUGUUCUGGCAUUUGACUUACAACAGUGCUUACCAACUCCUAGUUUAGAGUCUUCUGUUGCCUUCUAUAAAAGGCAAUUGUGGACUUUUAAUUUUACUAUACACGAUACUCGGUCGUCUAUUGCUUCAUACUAUAUUUGGAAUGAAACUUUGGCGAAAAGGGGAGCCAAUGACAUCGGUUCAUCUCUUUACCACUAUUUAAAUAAUUUGCCAUCAAAUGUUUCCCAUGUGACUAUGUAUAGCGACUGUUGUCCAGGACAAAACAAAAAUGGGAUAAUUAUGGCUAUGUGCCUUUAUUUUUUGGAAAGACAAGAAAAUGUAAAGAUCAUUGACCACAAAUUUAUGGUUCCUGGUCAUUCCCGAAUGGAAUGCGAUUCGGACCAUGCGAGAAUUGAAAAGGCAAAAAAACGUUACCCAUUCUCCAUAAAUCAUCCACAUGAUUGGUUAAAACUUAUAAACUGGGCUGGAAAAGAUAAAUUUAUUAAUACAGAAAUGAAACAAGAUCAAUUUUUUGAUUUUAAUAAUGUUAUUAAUGAUGCAAUAGUUUCAUCCGAGGAUGAGAAUGAAUGA